UCUAAUGCCAUUGCCCGCCCGCCCGCCGCCCGCUGCUUCUCGCUCAUGGAAACAAUACUACGGAGAAGGAGCUUGUAGCGGACACCACACCACAGUCGAGUCAAGCUGGUUCACUCAGCCAUUAGGAGUAAAACAUCAACAUAAUUGUAGCGAUUUACGCCGAAAUUUGGCGUCGAACCAAAAAUCACAGCACCAGCAGAUGAGAGUCCGUACGUCGUCGCGAGGGAUGCAUGGAUAAUGUGUGUCAUCUUCCUGAUCAAUAUGCGGCCCGAAUAACGAGAGUCGUUGUUUGUUUUGUGCCUAAUGCGCCAACGAGAAGUUGCGAAUAAGGAUGCUUUAAUGGCCUCUUGAGAUGCCGACGUCUCCAGCUGCCUCUGCCUCGCCGUCGUCAGGGCCGCACCCUGAGCGGCCCUCGGAGGACGCAGCCACCACGGACGCUGCCAAGAAAGCGGCCGGAGUCACUCUCUACGGUGAAUUAGUGAUUUUAGGGUAUAAUGGGUUCCUUCCUCCUGUCGACCGCGGCAGGCGAAGAAGCAAAUUUAUGCUUUUCAAGCGGCCCGAACCAAACGGCGUCAAAAGAUCAAAACAUUACGUCGUCAAAACUCCUCAUUCCUCUCAGGCUAUUCUGGACAAGGAUCAGCACUCUAUCUCGUACACAUUGACAAGACACCAAGCUGUCAUCGUCGAGUACAUGCCUGAUGAAGCGACUGACAUGUUUCAGAUUGGUCGCUCUUCUGAACCCCCAAUAGACUUUGUUCUGAUGGACACCAUUCCUGGCGACAAAACGGGAGAACAGCGUGUCAUGCAAAGCACCAUAUCGAGAUUUGCCUGUCGGAUUUUGUCUGAAAGGUCGAAUCCACGCGUGUGCCGUAUUUACGCCGCUGGCUUUGAUUCUUCAAGGAACAUAUUUUUAGGGGAAAGAGCUACUAAAUGGCAAUCAAAAGGCGAAAUUGACGGUCUGACCACGAACGGCGUGCUGAUUAUGCACCCUCGGGGCUCGUUCACCGAACAAGAAGAGGAGGACACCUCGAUGGACGCGGACAGCACGCCCGGUGGGCUGUGGCGCGAGGUGUCGGUCGGCGGCGGCGUCUUCACCUUGCGAGAGUCGCGCUCGGCCCAGCAGAAGGGUCUGCCAGUGGAGAACGAGGACAAUGUUCUUCUUGACGGCACCCUGAUCGACCUGUGCGGCGCCACGCUGCUCUGGCGGUCGGCCGAGGGCCUGUCCAAGUCGCCGUCGAAGGCCGACCUGGAGAAGAUGGUGGAUCAGAUCAACGCCGGCCGCCCGCAGUGUCCUGUCGGCCUCAACACCCUGGUCAUCCCGAGAAACAAGAUUUAUCUCGGCUCGGGGAGCACGCAGCCCUACGUGUACCUCAACUGCGGACACGUCCAAGGACACCACGACUGGGACAAGAGCUCCAGCGGCGUCCGCAAGUGUCCGCUUUGCACCAAGGCGGGUCCUGUUGUCAUGUUGUGCAUGGGAAUCGAACCUGCAUUCUACGUUGAUCAGGGCCAGCCAACACAUGCCUUUAACCCCUGCGGUCAUAUGUCUUCGGAGAAAACUGUCAAGUACUGGGCGAACGUGGCCAUACCGCAUGGCACGAACGGCUUUGACGCCGUGUGUCCGUUUUGCGCGACUCCGCUGGAGGGGAAGCCCGGCUACGUGAAACUCAUAUUCCAAGACAAUGUCGACUAGACUUACUGGAGAGUGCUAUAUUAUGUUUAAGGAUCUAGACGAGAUAAGGAGUAUCCAACUCAGCAGGACCAACUGGUGAAACAUGGAGGAAUUUCCCAAAGAAUCGAAACUUUCAAUUAAAUGGAUUGUGACAGACGCAAAUCUGUUGAAUCAAAGUGAUGGAUGGUGUGCAAUCACUGGAUAAUUGUUGCGUGUGUAAAUAAUAUACAAAAUGUGUGGUGAUGCAACCGGGGUCUGAUUUUUGUAAUUAUUUUCCAAUUUUUUGCCUUCAGCUCUCAACCGUGGACAUUUCAUGUGUAUCGAAACACACAUUGAUUUUAAUUUGUGUAAAGUCUGCUGACAGGACGUGUCAAUGGCAUUUUAAUGAUAGUGCAGCCGACAACUGUAAUGUGGCAAUCAAAUAUUUCAAGAGCAUCAAUGACCUAAUCCUCCAAAAUUUUACUUGUUUGUUAACAAUUAAGUUGAUUAGAUGCUGAAAGACUGGCAAAGGAAAAACAAUAAACAUUUCCAAAUAUUUUUUUCAUUUAAUUCCAUCAAGGUGAUGAGAGGAUUCAUAUUUUGCAAAAUGUAUAUCUCUGCUUAAUGUGGAAUCAAAUAUUUCAAGAGGUGCCUGCUGUCGUAUAUUCCUGGCUUUUAAUUCUAGCAACAGAGCUUUCUGUGUAUCUCUAUAUCAUGUUGGCCAUGAGUAUAUUUAUUUGACAGAAACAAAUGUGCGCUUACGCUGUCGUUUCGGUGGUUUUUCUCUUUCUCUCAAUUUCUGCCGAAUACUUUGUCCCUCUCUUUGAAUAAUCAUUGCCAAUAGUACUUUUAACUCACAAUAUUAUAAUUCAAACAAUUGUAACAUGUUCCAAUCACUUGCUAGUCAGAAAAAAAACAAACGCAGAUACUUUUUCAUUGUUAAUCUUAAUAGCGACUUGGUUCGUACAUGAUUUGUCAUGGGAUGGGCCUUUCAAACGGAAUCGAAAAAAGUUUUAAACUGACUCUGCCAUGAUUAGAGCUUACUACGUCUGGUUUUAAUAUACAGGAGAGAUGAAGGCAAUGAUUAAACUUUCUGAAAAUUCUCUACUGGCUCAUUGUGCUUUCUUUUUAUAUAAGAUACUGUAUCAUGACUUAAUUGAUGAAUUGCUGAACUAAAAUAAAAGAUUAAAAUUGUA